AUGGCGGAUGGAUCUCUUCUAUGCGUGGUAACGAAGGCAAAAAGCAACAAAGGUGGUGACGGUGUAUUCGUCGUUAUUAAAGAGAAUACAGAAAUAAUCAGCUUGAGAUAUCGAGUGGCGGAAAGGCUUAAAAUACCAAUGCAAUCUCUUUCACUGAAGUUCAUAUGCGAAAGGGAAAAGAAAUUCAGCAUUUCAAUUGACAAUGACGACGACUUAAAUUUGAUGUUCGAGUAUUGUCGGCGUAAUGGAUUUACAGACGCGAAUUUGACAAUACCGACAGAAAAUUCGCGGUGCGCAGAUACCCCGUUCACCCAAACCUGUAAUGAUGAGCGUAUUCCUAAUGACAACCCCACCGGCGACUCGAUCAUGCUGCUGGAAGACAUGCUUAAUCACCAAACAAAGAUCCCAACUGAGUGGCACACCUCCAUACGUGAAGUUGGUCAGAAAUUUGAUAGUGCUGCUGAAGUUAGAUUAGCACUUCAAUACUAUUCAAUUGCUAAACGGUUCGAGUAUGAUUUUUACCACAAUGAACAAAGACGCAUAAGAGUCUAUUGCCGAUUCAAACACACACAUGGUUGCCCUUGGAUGUUGUUUGCUUCCCCGCUCAGAAAUUCGUCUAUCAUGUCCAUAAAGAAUUUUGAGUCUACCCACACCUGCGGUCAAUAUGGAGCAAAUGCUGGCAACUCAAGGGCAUCAAGGAAGUUCAUUGCUAGCCAAAUACAAGCUAUUUUGAAGGUUAAGCCAGAUCUUCGUGCAGUCGAUAUCAAGAACGACAUGCUCUCUAAUUUUGGCAUCAAGAUUAACUACAGUAAAGCGUGGUGGAGCAAGGAGACAGCUCAACAGGACCUGUUCGGUGACGAUGAUGAGGCUUACGAUUCACUGAGAUGGUAUGAAUCCAUAGUGCAUGCAACUAAUCCAGGGAGUCGUGUUGUUAUUGAUGCUGAUGACGGGAGGUUCAGACGAUUGUUCAUUUGUUAUAAUACCUGUAUUGAAGGGUUCAUUGCUGGGUGUAGGCCUCUAUUGUUUUUGGAUGGAACAUUUAUUAAAGAUCGUUACAGAGGCAUACUACUUAGCGCUACUGGGUAUGACGGCAACCAGGGAUUAUUUCCCCUAGCUUAUUGUGUAUGCGACCAAGAGAAUGAGGUUAACUGGAAAUGGUUCUUACAAGGAUUAUGGACGUUACUGUAUGAUAGGGAAAAUCCUUACCAACCUCCACAUCGACUGGUAAUGAUUUCAGACGCCGACAAGGGUAUCAGGGCAGCAGUCGAGGAAUUCUUUCCAGAUGUAUUCCAUUCAAGGUGUGUUCUGCAUCUAGUCGAGAAUUUCAAAUAG